UAAACAUUACCAUCUCAAUCGAAGAGAAAGAAAUGGAAGGGUCAUCCUUUGCCAAUAAAGAGGCUGAUGAGAGCUGUACUGCAAUGAUGUCUGGAAAAGUUGCGGACAUUCAUACAGAACUGAAGAACAAGGAGAAGUACAUGGAAUCCUUGAAAACUGAACUCGGAACAGCUAAGGAAUUGGAAGCGAUUUUGGCCGAAAAAGAAGCUUCAUUUCGUAAAUUGAAAAAUGAGUUGAUUCAAUUGAAAUCCUUUGAAUCCGAAGCAAUAGAUUUAUUGUCUCAAGGGAAGAAGAGAAUCCAUGAAUUGGAGGAAGAAAUCGAGAAAAGAAAAGAAUCCGAGAAGAAGAUAUAUGAUUCUUUCGUUGCUAAAUCAGAAGAGUAUAAGCAAACCCAGAUUUCUCUGGAGAAAUCCAAACAAGAAAUCAAGUUCCUCUUGGAAAACCUGGAGAAAUCUGAAGGUUCGCCCGAGGUUGCAUCACAGAGUUCCAUGGGAGAUGGCCAUUUAGAGAGGCUCGAAUCCGAGAUUCAAUUAACAAAAGAAAACUUACGCUCUGCAUUGGAGAAAGAGAGAGUUUGUUCAUUGAAGGCAAAGAGGCUAGCCGAGGAAGUGGACUCAUUAAAGAGUCAACUCAAAUCCACCGUUGAAGCCGAAGAAAACAACAAAAAGGCCAUGGAUCAUUUAGCCAUGGCGUUGAAGGAAGUGAAAGACGAAGCAGAUGAAACCAACGAGAAACUCCUUUUCACAAACCUUGAGCUGGAGAAAACAAAAGGGGAAGUCCAAGACUUGAAGCUUCAGCUCAGGAGCAUGGAGGAAAAGUAUAUCGAAUCAAAGAAAGAAACGGAGGUAUUCAAAAACAUUUCAGAAAGAUUAAGGGUUGAAGCCGAAGAAACCCAAUUGGCAUGGAGUGAAAAAGAAAAAGGAUUCGUCGAAUGCAUAAAAAAAGUUGAAGAUGAAAGGAAUGCAGCACAAGAGGAGAGCAAAGCAUUGCUUGAAUCACUCAGAGAAGCUGAAAACAUGAACCUAAAGGCCAGGGAAGAGAAUCAGAAACUGAGGGAUAUCAUGAAACAAGCCAUAAUUGAAGCAAAUGUAGCCAAAGAAGCAGCUAUCAUUGCCAAGGAAGAAAAUUCACAGCUCAAAGACACAGUUGCCAAGAAAGACGAAGCUUUGAGUAUCCUAUCACAGGAGAACGAAAACCUUAAGAUCAACGAAGCAACAACAGUCGACAACAUCAGGGAUUUGAAGCUGUUGUUGUGCGAUGCAAAUUGUGAAGCUGAUGAUCAAGAGCGACUUAAGAAACAAAAAGCUGCAGCCAAUUCUGCAGAUAAGGAUCACAAAGAUGAUAAAGAACAACAGGGCAAGAAAUCAAAACAUAAUAGAUCAAAAAGCGCUUGUUUGAACUUAUCAUUCCCAAAUUACAAAAAUAAGGAUGCAGAUGAUGAUUCCAAGCUUCCACAGAGAGUAAGUUAUGGUGAUUCGGACUCCGAUUUCUCUGAUGAUCCACUUAAAGGCUCCAUUUUUUAUACUACUGUUAAAUCCCCAAAGACUCCUUCAACAUCAAGCUCAAACCAUCAAAGGAAAAAGUCUUCUUUGACAGAUGAGGAAGCGAUGAAUGGCGAGGAGUUUGAGCACGUUGAUACAAGCAAUUUCGAUGAAGAAAUUGAUAGGAGCUCUAGGAAGAAGAAAGCUUUGUUAAAAAGGUUUGGUGAUCUUAUAAGGAGAAAAAGUUUUAUAAGACUAGAACAAGCUUCAGAUUAAAAAUGCUGUUGUAACGAAUGUGACUUUCGAUUU